GUUUUAUACGGAGCCGAAGCUACUAAUAGCGAUCGGUUAACUGAAGUAUUUUGUCCUUGGUUUCGACUCGGUAUCACACAGUAAAAUGUCAGAAUCCGGUCACAGCCAGCCAGGCUUGUACGGACAGGGACGGCGGAGACGACGUCGGCGGGAUAGAGACCAAGGUCCGCCGGGACAAAAUCUGUCUGGUCCCAGUCGCGACCGCGAGUACGUCCCACGAGAGCGCCGGGAUGGUAGUGAGGAACCUGCAGGACCUCUUCUUCAGAAGACGCCCAUCAUUCUUGCAAAGCCACCUGGAGAGCGGGCUAAGCCAAGUCAGAGUGCAUCCCUCGGCGGAGCUCCAUCUCUGGAAAAGCCCAUCAUGCUAAUGAAAUCCAGAGAUGAGGGAGGCAAACCUGGAACUCCACCCGAGAUGGUGCCUUCUGCCCCAGGUUCAGGUGUUGCUAAACUGGAGAGAGAAGGACAGCGUCCCACUCAGCCUGUCUAUCAAAUCCAGAACAGGGGCAUGGGUUCAGCUGCGGCCAGUGGAACUGUGGACCCUGUAAUUGGCCAGACAAAGCUGUUACCCCCUGAGAAAAUGAAACACAGUAUUAAGUUGGUAGAUGACCAGAUGAACUGGUGCGACACUGCUAUGGAGUAUCUGCGGGACCAGACAGACAUGCUAGUUGUGGGAGUGAUAGGGCUGCAAGGUACUGGGAAGUCCACAGUAAUGUCACUCCUGUCAGCUAACACUCCAGAGGAGGACCAACGAGCGUAUGUGUUCAGGGCCCAGACGCAAGAGAUCAAAGAAAGAGGAGGGAACCAGAGCAGUGGGAUAGACUUCUAUAUCACACAGGAGAGAGUCAUCUUUCUGGACACGCAGCCUAUUUUGAGUCCUUCCAUUUUGGAUCAUCUCAUUAACAAUGACCGAAAGCUACCGCCCGAAUACAACCUUCCACACACCUACGUGGAGAUGCAGUCUCUGCAGAUUGCUGCUUUCCUCUUCACCGUGUGUCAUGUGGUUAUUGUAGUUCAAGACUGGUUCACUGACAUCAACCUGUACAGGUUCCUGCAGACUGCUGAGAUGCUGAAACCUUCGACGCCGUCUGCCAGUCAUGACAGCUCUGGAUCUUCAGGUGCAGAUGAAGGCACAGAAUACUACCCUCACAUAGUGUUCUUACAGAACAAAGCGAGAUGGCAAGAAUUUUGCCCACGAAACUUGAAGAAGAUGCACAUGGCUGUCGACAAGCUGAUGGCUCACUCCCAUCUCAAGUACAAAGGCACAUUGUCCAUGCUGGACUGUAAUAUAUUUCCUGGGCUGGGCAGAGAUUACCUGGAAACUGAAGUGAACCUUUUCCUUUUACCAAUGUUGGAGAACGAGGGAGAGGAUGCCCUGACAAGAGCAGGUUCUGGAUCCAGCUCCACCCCUCUUUUUUCUCUCCUGCCUGGAUAUAGAGGGCAUCCCAGUUUCUCGUCACUGGCGUCAAAACUCCGCAGUCAGGUCCUGGCCAUGUCCCGCAGUCAGCUGUCACAUACCAUCCUUACAGAGAAAAACUGGUUCCAUUAUGCAGCCAGAAUCUGGGACAGUGUGAAGAAGUCCUCCGCACUUUCAGAGUAUAGCCGCCUGCUGUCUUAGGGUCAUCAAAGAGCCUAACUUGAACAGACAGAGUCGUCCUGGGAAUGAAAGCGGAACGGAAGUCGUCCCUCCCCGUCUGACAGACAGCUGCCCUUAGAGGUUUAGGACCCUGAACAAGACCAAAAGAGAAGAAAAAGAUCACCCACAUGGCUCAGUGACACCGUCUCAUUCGAUGUGAAAAAAGGAGAAUUUCAUUCUCAAAGUGGGUUCAUGUGGUAUGUCACAGAAGCACUGUUUGCUCACAGACACCUGUGAACACAAAAUGCUGUAAGGUAACAUACAUGGCUCAGAGAACACUGAAUUCUGACUGGUACAAACCCAUUCCAGUUGUACAGAUUUUGUAUACUUGUAAUAAUGAGAUUAUGAGAUUGGUCUUGCCUGUGGAAACGUAUGUUCU